AUGGUCACAAAGGAGCGAUAUAGCUACCCUAACGCAGUACCAAAAACCGACAUACAGCCAAAGAGUGAAAAAGAAAGGGACACAAUAAUGCGACGAUAUACAUCGGAAGAAAACCCAACCAUAGUCGAAGUUUUGGACCUUCUAAAGCAGAGACUAUUAGCCUUAUCUCAAAGAGUGAAGAGAUAUAAGAAGAGCAGCCAACGUCGUAAACAAAACAUCCUAUUUCAUAGAAAUCAGAGAGCAUUUUAUAAAUCUGUGGGCAAAGAAUCAGAUCGUACACUACAAGGAAAAACAUCAUUUCCUAACACAGAAGACAUAAGACACUUCUGGAGCGGUAUAUGGAGCAACCCCAGAGAACACAGAACAGCGCAUUGGUAUCAGCAAGAGAAGGCUAGAACUUCCAUACAAGCAAUGCUGUCUUGGACCAUAACUAAGGAUGAUGUAGUGAAAGCAAUAGGUAGGACUUCCAAUUGGAGAGCUCCAGGGCCAGAUGGUGUUCACACUUACUGGAUAAAGGCAUUUACUUCCACCCACCAACAACUUGCGAAAUGCUACUCAACAUUCCUCGAGAGGCCGGAAACUAUCCCAGAAUUUCUAACAACAGGAGUUACAUACCUGAUCCCAAAAACUGAACAAUAUACUGCUGAUCCCGCAAAAUACAGGCCAAUUACUUGCCUUUCUACAGCGUAA